AUCAUAAUCACGAAUUCUGUCACACAUCAGGCUAACAUGAAUUUGUUUGUAUAAGGAAUAGUUUCCAAUUCUCUGCCACCUGACAUGAAUUUGUUUGAAUAAGAAAUUGGUGAAACUAAAUUUUUGCGUGGAGUGUUGGCGUCCACUCAAGAACAGGGCAGGUGUAGGUUAAAUUCUGCACUUGCACGGAAAGAAUUUGCCGUUAAAAAGAGGGAUUCGCAAUGAAAUCUGAUUCAGAAAGUUGGCCAUGGCAGCAGGAAUUGGAGGAAGAACGGUCCCUUGCCUGCAGAUUACCCCUGCUUCUUCACCCCAUUCGGCCAGGGGAAGAUUUUUGGGAACUCUGUUUCAAUCUCAAUUAGGGUUUAAGAACAGAUACCAGAUAAAUAAAUCAUCCUCUGUUCAAGUGGUGGCCAGAUUAUUUGGGCCUGCAAUUUUCGAAGCUUCCAAGCUCAAGGUUUUAUUCCUGGGAACCCAUGAGGAGAAUCAUCCUGCUGAGCUCCCCAGAACUUAUACACUAACACACAGUGAUAUCACAUCCAAGAUUACGCUUGCUAUUUCCCAAACUAUCAAUAAGGAUCAGUUGCAGGGGUGGUGCAACAGGAUACAGAGGGAUGAAGUACUUGCACAGUGGAAAAUGUCUCAGGGCAAAAUGUCACUGCACGUCCACUGUCGUAUCAGUGGAGGGCAUUGGCUCCUGGACGCCAUAGCUAAGAUCAGAUUUUACAUCUUUCGAAAGGAGUUACCAGUGGUGCUGGAGGCAUUCAGGCAUGGGGACAGAGCUCUUUUUGAGAAGCACCCAGAGUUAGAGGAUGCCCUGGUUUGGGUGUAUUUCCAUUCCAUCGUCAGACAAUUCAAACGCCUCGAAUGUUGGGGUUGCCUCCCACAAGCUUCCAAGGUCUGAUUUCUGAACAUUGGGAAAACCUGAAUAAUCUCCGUGGUUUGGUUUUUUUUUUCCCUAUCUUUUCAUCUUGAAUUAGGAAAUUUACUUCUUCCUAUUAGGUCUGUAAAUUAGAACAAUCAAUAACAAAGCCCAACGAUUUGGAUGAACCAGUGGAGAAAAGGGUAAUUAUGGAUUGGGCGGAAUUGAGAUUGGUGCGUUGAAAACAGAUUUCAAGUAUUUAGGUGGGAUCUGGGUUCCACAUUUACAACUGUAUAAUGACCGCAAUGCACGCCAGUUUAAGUGCAAUCUUGGUUAUAAAACGAAAGGCCUGUCCGUACACAACAAUCAAUGGAGGAUUCUGACUUACUGAAAGAGGAAUUUAUCCCCGAGUCGAGAUCCAUCUGGAAGGUUGGGGAGCUGGCAAAAUCUUUUCAACUUUUUAUCUUCUGAAAUUUAGUUGGGAAAUUGGGUAUAUAGAAGGGUAGUAGUAGUGGACAUAGUUCAAUAGUGGUCAGCUUUUUAUCAACCCAACCUCAUGAUUUUUUAGCUUUUUUGAUCAUAAUUAGCCCAUUUGCACACCAUUACUGGGAGAUUUGUGCAUAACAAUUGGGGCAUUUGUCCACUAUUAGAUAUUUUGAGCUAUCUACUAUUGGCGCAAAGGUGAUUAUGUAUCAGACGCCACUUUUAAAUGACAACUUUUUGACCUUUAUGGACAUAACGAAUUCCACGGUGUUGUUACUAUCUAGAAGCCAGAUCUUUAGUUAUUAGUAGUUAGGGAAGUCGUAUGCAAAAACAACCAAAAAAUAAUUUGAAAUUUGAUGUACAGUUGAAUUUAUACCUUUUUUUAAAAAUAACAGCCAAUUUAUUUGAAGGGCGAUGAAUAAUCACUUGGAAAAAAUCUAACACAAGUGAAUUCCAAUACAAAUGAACCUGGGUAUAUUAGGAUUGAAAUUAAUUUAUACUAUUUUUCUUAAAUAAUGGUCAAUUUGUUUGAAGGGAAUCUGGAUGCAAGUGAAUCCCAAUUCAAAUAAAAAAUGAAGUUGGGCAUGUCAGGAUUGAAUUUAAUUUGUAUAGUUUUUCUUAAAUAACAGUCAAUUUAUUUGAAGAGCAACGAUGAAUGGAUAACCAUUUGGAAAAAAAAUGGUGCAAGUGAAUCCCAAUUCAAAUAAAAAAUGAAGUUCUAUUUUUCUUAAAUAACAGUCAAUUUGUUUAAGAUUGUACUAUGAAAAAUUAAAUUUUAAAUAGCCCUAAUUGAGAUUAAAUAGAUCAUACUCUAUGAAGGGGCUCUCGAAUUUGGAUCCCCUUCAUAGAGUAUGAUCUCAACGACGUAUCUUGAUGGAGAUUGAGCCUAAAUUCCAAUAAUCUAUACUAAAUAGAGAUUCUAAAAUCUGAUAUAAUGUUUUAUUUUUAUAUUUUUCUAUAGUAAAUAGAAUGUGUUAACCAUAUAAAAUAGGUUGUAAUGGUACAGUUAAGAUUGCCAACAUGAGAGGCUAUACAAGGAAGAGCCUAAACAAUCAGUGGGUGGUUCCUUAAUUUGAUCAAAUUUUAGUGUAUUGUUCUUUAAUUUAAGAAUAAUUUUUUUUUAAUCUUUAUAGAAGGAAGAGCUUAAACAAUUAUUGAGUUUUUCCUUAAAUUUAAGAAUCAUUUUUCUUUAUCUUUAUAGAAGGACAAGCUUAAACAAUUAAUGUAUUGUUCUUUAAUUUCAGAAUCAAUUUUUUCUUUUUUAUUUGAUCUUUACAGGCGGAAGGGCUUAAACAAUCAGUUCUAUGUUUCUUAAUUUAAGAAUAAAACUUUCUUUGAUCUUCAUAGAAGGAGGAGCUUAAACAAUCAAUACAUUGUUUCUUAAUUUAAGAAUUGAUUUUUUCUUUAUCUUUAAAUUAAGAAGAGUUCAUCUGUUAUUUAUUUUAAAAUGAUAUAGAAAUUUGCUUAAAUUACACUCAUAUUGUUUGGAUAAAUGAGUAUCUUUAUUCUAAGAAAAUGAAGAGAUCAUUUCUAUGGUUUUAUGGUUAUUAAAUCGUUCUCUAUACGCAUUUAUAUUUAUUGGAUGGUGGCAACAUGGAGCACCUCAUGUUGUGAAGACAUUAAAAGAGGAGAAUACAAAGGAAUGGGAAAUGCCAAGACAUUGUCCAUAUCCAUGUGAUUGUUGUUUUCCUCCAUUUAGCCUCCUUCUUUGGCCAGAGGAUCGAAUCCAAUUUAUAGAUGAGAGUUGACUUCAUCAUGUAAAGAGACUAUAAUGUAACCAAUCUUCUACCAUUAAAAAAGAGAUACAUCAUGUUCAUGAAAGGAAGUCUUGGGAGGUACUUGCAAGAAGUUUCACCUCCACCAAAUCCAUCUUUGUAUAUAUGACAUUUCUUGUAAAUAAUUUUAUUUUAUUUGA